UCUCGAGUUCAGCGAAUUCCUGCUUUGACGUCGCCGAGCCUGGCUAGGUGAUUGGCGAGCUAAGAUGGCGGCGCCAGACGAGCCUGAAUUAUCGCAGGCGCAGAACGAAAAACUCAUACAUUUUCAGGAUCUUACUGGCUGGGAAUCAAUCGAUCAAUGUCGACGCACAUUAGAGCAGCAUAACUGGAACAUUGAGGCUGCAGUACAAGAUAGGAUCAACGAGGAGGAAGGAGUGCCCAGAGUAUUCAACCCCCAGCCAUCUAGACCAUUAGAGGUCAACACAACAGACCACCGAGUAUAUAGUUAUAUUGUCUCCCGGCCACAACCCAGGGGUUUGCUGGGAUGGAGUUAUUACUUGAUCAUGCUACCUUUCAGAUUUACAUAUUACACGCUUCUGGACAUAUUCAGAUUUGCGCUGCGGUUUGUGAGGCCGAACCCCCGUGGUCGUGUUACAGACCCCGUUGGGGAUGUUGUUUCAUUUAUUCAUAGUUUUGAGGAAAAGUACGGUCGCUCACAUCCUGUUUUUUACCAGGGAGCGUACAGCCAGGCAUUGAAUGAUGCCAAACGAGAGCUCCGCUAUCUUUUAGUGUACCUUCAUGGAGAGGAUCAUCAAGACACUGAUGAGUUUUGCCGCUCCACAUUAUGUACAGAAGAGGUGGUAACCUUCGUCAACACUCGAAUGCUGUUCUGGGCAUGCUCAACAAGCAAGCCUGAGGGCUACAGAGUUUCCCAAGCGUUGCGCGAGAACACUUAUCCAUUCCUGGCCAUGAUCAUGCUGAAGGACCGCAAGAUGACAGUCGUCGGCCGCCUUGAGGGUCUCAUCCAGCCCGGGGACUUUGUCAGUCAGCUCACCUUCAUUAUGGAUGCCAACGAAACAUAUCUGACAUCUGAGCGCCUUGAACGAGAGGAGAGGAGUCAGACCCAAGCACUAAGAGAACAGCAAGACAUGGCGUACCGUAUCUCCCUUCUUGCCGACCAGGAGAAGGACCGAAAGAAGCGGGAAGAGGAGGAGCAACGGAGGCAAGAGGAGGAGAAGGUCCGGCAGUGCGCUCUCGCAGAAGAGAGGAGACGACGAACACUGGAAGAGGAGAAGGAGAGGAAGUCUGAAUGUCUCCCACCAGAGCCGCUUGCGGACGAUCCAGAAAGUGUCAAAAUAGUGUUCAAGCUGCCCAAUGACACGCGGGUGGAAAGACGAUUCCUCUUUGGGCAGUCACUUACAGUAAUCUAUGACUUCCUGUUCUCCUUGAAAGAAAGCCCGGAGAAGUUUCAGAUUGUCACCAAUUUUCCUCGCCGGGUGCUACCCUGCCUUCCGACCGAGGAGCAGCCCAACCCUCCCACGCUGAAAGAGGCAGGACUUAGUCGUUCCGAGGUCCUUUUUGUUCAGGAUCUUACGGACGAUUAAAACAUAACACCACAAACAAACAAAAAGACCUCAAACCACUUCUGUGUGGGAACAUCUGUACUCCCCCUGUUUUUUUUUUGUCCUUUUUGGUUGAAUGGCCACUAUGGGAUCAUUGAGUAAAAAUCUGGACUAAUGUAAAACUCCCCUUGGGCAGGGUUCCCAGUAGCCUGGAAAGUCUUGGAUUUUAUCAAAUAAAUAUUUCUUGAAGUUCUUCCUCGAGCAUUUUCCAUCCUCGGAAGUCUCAUCAUGUGUAUCAGAUGCCUGUUUAUCUUGUCUUUACCCACAACUCCAGUAGUAAUUGAAGAGGCUGGUGAGUCCUCCACUUAGAAAGUACUCAUAACAAGUAGCUGAACCUCUCGCUUAACCAGAUGCAUGACCAAAAUGACCUUAGAGUACCUAUUGAUCUACUGGGAAACGAAGACUUUCGAAAGCCUUAGCUUUGUUUUACUAUUGUAAAAAAACGUUUGGCAGAUGGACACUUGAGUUUCCUUUUUUUAACCUCUACAUGAAUCAUUAGAUGGAGCAAGAUUUAGACUUAAACGUAACAUGGGAACCCUGUUUUAAACGAGUGACCUGUACGUAAGUGUUCAUAAACAUGGAACCCCCCCCCAAUUCAUCUGUGUCAUUAAAUGACCAGAUGCAUGUUGGCUGUACAAAGCAGGCUGAAGUUUCACAGAAGGGGCCACAGCUUUUUUCAUGUGGCAUGCUCUGCUAGUGUGCCAUCAUCAACGCUUUGUUUGUAAUCUCCGAAUAAGCUCUUGUAAAGAUGUAAUUUCCCCCCCAACUAUAAAUUUAAAAUAAAAUUAAAUGUGGGUUUAUUGAA